AUGAGCUCAGACUCAGACACAUCAUCAGGGAUAGUGCACGAAACAACACUACUGAGGGAAGGUGUGUGUGAGUGUGAGCUGUAUGCGGAUGAAGCUUUGGAUCAGCAGGCAGGCCUAACUGCCAAACCCACUCAAUCCAACCCAACUCUGCCCAAGCCGACACAGGCCAAACCCACUCAAUCCAACCCAACUCUGCUCAAACCGACACAGGCCAAACCCACUCAAUCCAACCCAACUCUGCUCAAACCGACACAGGCCAAACCCACUCAAUCCAACCCAACUCUGCCCAAACCGACACAGGCCAAACCCACUCAAUCCAACCCAACUCUGCUCAAACCGACACAGGCAAAACCCACUCAAUCCAACCCAACUCUGCCCAAACCGACACAGGCCAAACCCACUCAAUCCAACCCAGCUCUGCCCAAACCGACACAGGCCAAACCCACUCAAUCCAACCCAACUCUGCCCAAACCAACACAGGCCAAACCCACUCAAUCCAACCCAACUCUGCCCAAACCGACACAGGCCAAACCCACUCAAUCCAACCCAAUACUGCUCAAACCGACACAGGCCAAACCCACUCAAUCCAACCCAGCUCUGCCCAAACCGACACAGGCCAAACCCACUCAAUCCAACCCAACUCUGCCCAAACCGACACAGGCCAAACCCACUCAAUCCAACCCAGCUCUGCCCAAACCGACACAGGCCAAACCCACUCAAUCCAACCCAGCUCUGCACAAACUGACACAGGCCAAACCCACUCAAUCCAAAUUGACUACGUUUGUUCAUUUAGCUGAUGCUUUUAUCCAAAAUGAUGUAGAAUUGAGAUAG